UAUCCCAAAGACAAUUGGUGUCUCUAUCCCCAUGAAAGCGACCUUCUUUAUAACCUACAUAAUGGUGGAUGGAUGGGCUGGAGUUGCAGGGGAGAUUCUGAGGCUGAGACCACUGAUAAUCUAUCACUUGAAAAAUUUCUUCAUGGUGAAGACAGAGAAGGAUAGGGAAGAGGCAAUGGAUCCGGGAAGCCUUGGUUUCAACACAGGAGAACCUCAAAUACAGCUUUAUUUUCUGCUUGGCCUUGUUUAUGCAGUUGUGUCCCCAAUUUUACUUCCUUUCAUAAUAGUAUUCUUUGGCCUGGCAUAUGUGGUUUAUCGCCAUCAGGAGUACGAGAGUGCUGCUGCAUUCUGGCCUGAUGUCCAUGGGCGCAUCAUAGCUGCAUUGAUUGUCUCACAGCUGCUUCUAAUGGGACUGUUAAGUACAAAAGCAGCUUCUCAGUCAACUCCAUUGCUGAUCACACUCCCGGUGCUGACCAUCUCGUUCCAUAUGUUCUGCAAAGGUCGUUAUGAACCAGCUUUUGUUAGGUAUCCAUUGCAGGAAGCGAUGAUGAAAGAUACUGUGGAACGUACGAAGGAGCCAAACCUGAACUUGAAAGAUUACCUUCAAAGGGCAUACAUCCACCCAGUCUUCAAGGGUGGAGAUGACAGUGAUAGUGAUGCAGCCAGUGAAGAGUACGAGGAGGAACCUGUCCUCGUCCCCACAAAACGCCAGUCGCGAAGGAAUACGCCAUUCCCCAGCAAACAUAGUGGUUCAUCUCCAUCAUUACUGUCUGAAGUUGAUGGAAGGUCACAUCUAUAAAAUAUAUUGUUACUGAGUUUCUUCAAUCUACAUUUUAGGCUUCCAUGAAGCUCAAGUGGUGGUAGGAGGUGGCGCAGCAGGUAGAAGCUAGGAGGCACUGUAAAUGAAAAGAGUUGCAAACAGGGUUUGCUGUGUGGAGAAAAGAUUUGGGUGGUUUGGGAGUUGAUGCUUUUGUUAUGGCGC